UUCAGCUUGCUUCACACAGAAGCGUGCGGCUGCUCAGUUCGCCGGUUGCUGAGGACCAAAUAUUAAAUACGGAGAAUAAAAGGUGUUCAGUCGCGUGACCAACCCUUUCGCGCGUUGGUAAAAUGUCUUAUUGCAGGCAGGAAGGUAAAGACCGCGUCAUCUUUGUGACAAAGGAGGACCACGAAGCCCCAAGCAACGCUGAGCUGGUGGAAGAUGACCCCAAUGACCCCUAUGAGGAUCACGGUCUUAUUCUGCCCAACGGGGACAUUAACUGGAACUGCCCGUGUCUGGGGGGGAUGGCCAGCGGCCCGUGCGGCCAGCAGUUCAAAGAUGCCUUCUCCUGUUUCCACUACAGCAAGGAGGAGGUGAAGGGCUCCGAGUGUAUCGAAUAUUUCCGCGGCAUGCAGGAGUGCAUGCAGAAAUACCCCGAACUCUACCCGCAGGAGGACGACAAUGAGACCGCCUCCUCUGACGCCCCCUCUGAUACCCCUGCACUUGUUGAGACCCCCAGCAGUGACUCUGCUUCUGUUUCAGGUUCAGAAGAAGCAGCAGCAAGCACAGAGAAACCUGCAGCAAGCUAAUCUCUCUCUAUCUCUCUCUCUCUCUCUCUCUCUGUCCCACACACACACACACACACACACACUCUCACACACAGCCUUUCAACCUCUGAACUGCCUGGCUCAGGAGAAUAAACACGAAGCUCAGAAACACCUGGAAGGAGGCGAGAUGUGACGAGAAUGACGACGGGAAAUCUAAUAAUGACUAAUCACGCAAUAUAAACAUCACUCUUGGAUAAGUGUAUGCUUGAGAUUCUUACAAAUCCUUAAGAAAUGAGAACUUGAGUAGUUUCUGAUGCUCCUGCUGAUGAGAUUUGAUGAUUAAGGUUCAUGUCUAAAGGACUGCGUCUGCACUGAGUCGUAUUUAGAUGUUUUUCUUGAUUAAAAAACAAAAACAAUAUUUAGUGUUUCACACUGCUGUUUUUACCAAACAUGUCCUGAAUGAUGGCGGAGAAUUCUGGAAAACGUCUUAAAGUCCUAUCAUCGAUGGGAAGAGAAUGGGAUGGAAUUAGGUCUCUUCCUGGUUUGUGUGUGUGUUUGAUUUGACUUUACUAUCCCUUUAUUAAUGAUUCUCACGUAGCUGAAGAUGUCUGAAUAAAGCGGAUGGUGUUGUCGGAAGUCUGCUUCUUCACCGACUAAUUGCUUUAUUCUGAUUAUGAUGAAUGAUGGAUCUUAAUAUCUCAUGUCCAGGCCUGUAGCUCUGAUUCUCCUCAGUUAUGGGCUUUUUUUGUACUUGAGAUUAUUACAAAUGCAGUGGUGAGAGACAAAUUAAGCCCUGAGAUGUUUCACUCGCAUCUGAUCAGUAUUAAAACUAAGACGCAUCCAGCAUAUUUACAUUUUAAUGCAAGUUCACUUCUGAUAUUGUCUCACUGUGUAAACAUGCUAUACAUUUUUUCCUGAAUAUUAUUUUCUAAAUUUGCCAAGGUUUCGUGUGGACCUGAUCCUCUUCAUUAUACCAUUAUUUAUA